AUGUCGAAGAUUUUUAGCAAGGACGACGUGGCGUCGCACAGCAAAGGCGACAGCCUGUGGAUUGUGAUCGAUGAGGACGUCUAUGAUGUCUCUAAGUUCCUAGAUGAGCACCCUGGUGGGAAGAAGAUUCUCCAGCGAGUUGCCGGAAAGGAUGCUUCGAAGCAGUUCUGGAAGUAUCACAACGAGGGAAUCCUGAAGAAGUACAAGGGUCAGCUGCAGAUCGGCUCGUUGGAUACCAAGAAGGCAGAGCCCGCGCCAGCUCCCACCCCGGAGCCCAAGAAGGUCGCCCCAGCACCGCAGGCUGCUCCCGCUGAUUCCAAGCCACCGGCGACUGCUGAGCCUCAGGAUCCGUUUGGCGAGCUGAUUCCAUUUGCCGACCCUUCGUGGUACCAGGUACUCCUCCCCCCCUACUUCAACGAUUCCCAUGCCGCUCUCCGCGAGGAAGUCCGCCAAUGGGUCGACACCGAGAUCGAGCCGUAUGUCGGCGAGUGGGAUGAGGCCAAGAAAGUUCCGGACAGUAUUUACAAGCAGAUGGGUGAGCGCGGCUACUUGGCCGGUCUGCUGGGUGUCAAGUACCCCGAGCAGCACACUCCCUACCGAGUCCAGUCCGUGGCGCCGGAGCGCUGGGACCUGUUCCAUGAGAUGCUCCUGACCGACGAGCUGUCGCGUGCUGGUAGCGGUGGUCUAGUAUGGAACCUGAUCGGUGGCUACGGCAUUGGUGGCCCGCCCCUGGUGAAGUUUGGCAAGAAGGAGCUUGUUGACCGCAUUCUGCCCGGCAUCCUGGCUGGCGAUAAGCGUAUCUGCUUGGCGAUCACCGAGCCCGAUGCGGGGAGUGAUGUUGCUAACCUCGGCUGUGAGGCUAAGCUUAGUGAGGAUGGGAAGCACUAUAUUGUCAAUGGCGAGAAGAAGUGGAUUACCAACGGUAUCUGGGCCGAUUAUUUCACUACUGCCGUCCGGACUGGCAAGCCUGGCAUGAACGGCCUCAGCGUUCUUCUCAUUGAGCGCGAGGCGGGCGGUGUUAGCACUCGCCGCAUGGACUGUCAGGGUGUCUGGAGUAGUGGCACCACCUACAUUACCUUCGAGGAUGUGAAAGUCCCCGUUGAGAACCUGAUUGGCAAGGAGAACCAGGGCUUCAAAGUCAUUAUGACCAACUUCAACCACGAGCGUAUCGGCAUUGUCAUCCAGUGCGUCCGCUUCGCUCGUGUGUGCUAUGAGGAAUCCAUGAAGUACGCCCACAAGCGCAAGACCUUCGGCAAACGUCUGGUCGACCACCCUGUUAUCCGCAUGAAGCUUGCGCACAUGGCCCGCCAGAUCGAGGCCACUUACAACUGGCUCGAGAACAUUAUCUUCCAGUGCCAGAGCAUGGAGGAAACCGAGGCCAUGCUCAAGCUGGGCGGUGCCAUUGCCGGCCUCAAGGCCCAGUCCACCCAGACCUUCGAAUACUGCGCCCGCGAGGCCAGCCAGAUCUUUGGUGGUCUCAGCUACAGCCGUGGAGGCCAGGGCGGCAAGAUCGAGCGCCUGUACCGUGAUGUCCGCGCCUACGCUAUCCCCGGUGGAAGCGAGGAGAUUAUGUUGGACCUGAGUAUGCGCCAGAGCUUGCGCGUGCACCAGAUGUUUGGCAUGAAGCUCUAA